GGCUAAGAUAAACCCCCUCCGAAUAAGCGAGAGAACCGCGCGCGUUUGCCAGUCUUUCGCUAUCUGCCGCGACGAUGGGUUCCCAAUAAAUUUGUCCUCGCAUACAUUGAAUCUCACGCGCGCGUUCACUAUCCAUUAGGUCACUUGACGGUACGACAUUACGGUCGGGCUGCAGUAUCGCGGUGACAGAAACUUUCGGAGCGGCCGUGAAACGUACCUUCGGAGUAUCGCGCGAUUAUUCUCCGAUAAGAAUUCGAAACUCAUUUCUCGUCUGCGGGCUACGAUUUACCGGUUCGAUCGAGCACGUUUCGGCUCGUUUUUGUCUAUCCUUCUUCGGGCUCAUUCUGAUUUUCAGUAACACAAUUGAUCAACAGCUUCUGAGUAGAUUCAAUCAAGGAUCCGCCUGUCAUUUAAUCGAAUUUAUUCUGAACGCUUCCGCAGUGCCGGUUCCAACUGACACUCCGCGAAGAAGAGACUACAAGGAUUGCUGAAAAGUUGUUUUUUCACCAGACUUACAACACACUGCUCGAGCCAGCGGUUGCUUGUUGUUAAAAUUCUCCUUCAUUCUAUCGGCCUCGUCAUGCUGUCCUCUUUGAUGAUCAUCGUCAUUACACGAGUUUGCCUGCCUGCUGAUAACCGAUAAUCAAUUCCGUGGUCCUCGGGCGUCGCGAAGAGUGAGGAUUUAUUUGAAUGUAUCCAAAUGUAUCCAUCGCUAUUUGACAUUGCGUGACUGACUCACAAUAAGGGAGAGAGAGAGAGAGAGAGAAAGUGAGCACAGAAGAAGCAAAAAAGAAGAGAGCCAGCAAAGCGAGGUUCGCCGACACCCAGCCCGCUAAACUCAAUCUCCUCGUUCGUGUCCGGACUCCCGAAAGACUCCUGCGAGCGGGAUAUAUUAUUCCAAAGAGCUGAAUUUUUUUAUCCUCCAUCGUUGUUGUGCCUCCACAAAUAAACGAAAAGAACACAGAUACGGUGGAAAACUGCUGAUCAUUUUCUCCUAAAUUAUCUGUGUGGAAAAAAAAGAUAAUCGAUAUUGUGUUUAGUAUCAGACAUAAGUGAAAUCUCACUGGAUCACGUCGAUGUGCGGAUGUAGCGUAUAGUAAGAGUUUCUCACUUCACAUUGUAUAUCUGACACAGUUGCGGAGAAACACAAUCGAAACGUUCCAAAAUGAAGUGGCCGCUGGUUUUUUCGUGGUUCGUUUUACAAUACUCGUGUAUUCGUGGUGCUCCUCCUCCCGGCUGCAAAUUUCCAUCGCACUGGAGCGGCAGUUGGUUUCAAUCUGGAGUUCAGGGGAUGGUUGUGGUUAACGGGACAAAUAUAUCAUCCAAAGGACAAUGCAUGCAGGCCGACGGCGAAAAAUUUAUCAUCCUCGAACAGGAUUGUCUCCGGUGCAUCGUCAUGCACGAGAAGCAUCCGAACGUUCUGCAAUACAAGGAAACAUACUGUCUCAAGAGAGACACAAAUUUCGAUGAAGCCUGCAAUAAAUUAACCGGUGACGCGGUUCUAUAUUCGCUCUUCCGUUCGGGAGCUGCGCCAUCGCCGUGUCCCAUAAGAGGACCCUUGGAGUUUACUUAUAGCAUAGGAAGUGACGGCAAAGAGUGUACCAGCACGUCGUCGUUUGCGGAGGCUUGUACACAAGACUCCAGGUUACUACUGCGUUAUUUAGCCUGUCCCGAUGUUGCCAACACCGAAAGUACAGACGUGGAACUGGAGUGUCUAGCCACGUGGAAAGAGGGCAGCACCCAAUAUCUCGUAGCUCGUAGAUUCUUCAGAAAAACGGAACGCAGACUCUCCAACGACGAGGAACGAUAUAGAUGUUUCGUGUAUGCGAAAACGUCUAACAACACGUGGAAUCUUGCACAAAGCGGAGAUGCCACAUGCUCUGCACUUGACAGCGUCACUGAUGGCGCUAGGACACUCCGAAUGACACAAAAGCCCGUACCAGAACGCUGCUCUUUUCCGAACUGGCUGGUAUCACCCAAGUCGUGGAUCGCAUUAGACACGAUGGCUUCGACGUUGCUCGCGUCAACAUACAACAUUACGAUCCUGGAUCGAAACGAGACGCAUCUGUCUUGCCACAAAACCUUUUGGCUCGACGAACAACAAAAGCUGAUGGGAAAUCGGCGAGAGAAUCAAGUGAUGAUUGUAGCCAAAGCGACUCGAGGCUGUGAUAAUGGCUUCGUUUGUCUCGUCUUGCACAAGAGGGACGAUCCCGUAAUCGAGAUGCAAAUCUCGAAAACGUGGACUCAAGUACCGGAGGAGGCAUGCAAUUCUAGCAAAUUCAAUUACUUCACGGCCCCCUACAAAACAUAUAUAACCUCGGACCUUACAACACGACAGUGUCCGUAUCUCGGACACUACGAAGUCGUAUACGUGAUGCGAUCUCACGUGAGCGAAUAUGCGGAAGAGAAUUUUAUACCCGAUGGAGAACAGAGAUUAUCGGAGAACGAUGAUAACGUGGCACAGGUACAGGAAGUAAGAAUAACGUCGACGACCCCGUUUCCGAGGCCGUGCCAUCACACGAGUCUUCCAGGUCUCGAUAUUGGUUGCGAGAGAUCAGAUCGUAUGAAAUUUGCCACGUCCUGCAGCGAUGAGGCUCUUUCUGAGUAUCUCUGUCACGGCACUUGGGUUGAGAAUGAUACUGCGUAUCUCGUUGCGAGUACAGAUAGUGGUCGUUAUUGUCUCGUCUACAGUGCAUCGGCAGCGACGUCCGGCAGUCGAGAGCUCUCUGUAACGGGCCAUUUGGCCUCGUGUCCUCGGCCCUCGUAUCGUCACCAGCAGCAGCAGCAUGCAUGGAAGGUCAAUCUAACAUCAUAUGCUCAGUGCGGCGACAUCGCAUCUUCUUCGACCUCGUGGACGUCGCGCAGUUCAAUCGGGAGUCAGAAUCUCGUUGUCGGAAUUCUGUUAGUUCGUUACGUCAUGAGGUGAUGCCACACGAGAGACGAUCAUUAGGAGUUAAUUGGCCGACUGUAUAGUUAAUGAUACGACAAAUCUGAGGCUUAUUAGCGAUUCGGCGAAAGUAAUAGACGCUGAUCGGGGAUGUUUCCCUCCCGAUCGUCGUCACGAUAUUAUUGAAUGUCGGGGUGGGAGUGCCGAAUGUUUCGCCCUUAGCUUUUAGCACCUUUAAGCAGUAUAUAAUAUUGAUAUACUGAAGUAUACAUAUUUACGGAUAUAUGCAUAUAUGAAUAUGUGUAUAAAUACUUCUGCAUGUAUAUGUAUAUAUUAUUAUAUAAAUAAUAACGUAGUUAGUUGCAACACGUAUAUAUAUAAAAAGGUAGAAAGGAAGCGGGCACGCCCGAAAUCACGUCAGCGAGCCUCAAUCGAUAUGUGAAUGCGACAGAGACCGGAUGAACGUGCUGGGAAUUGUUCAACAAUAAUAAAAACACGCGGUGAUUUUUAGAAAUCUGUCCAAAUCGAUGUUUCGAAAAUUCAAUUAUUCUGAAUACUCUGAUUUGUUUUAAAAAUGUGAGGCACUCUUGAUUCAUUGUAAAAGUCGGUGGAAAAUUUUUAACGAAAACAUUGGACGAACAUUUUACUGUAGUUUUUAAAAUUGAUGAACAGCUUAUUGGCAGUUUUCAUGUAUUCCAGUUCGAGUGUGUGGGAACGCCGAAACGUUAAUGCGAACAAAAAUUUUAUUAAUUCAAUGGUUUUAUUGAUCCAGUGAAAAAUGAACGGAUUCGUCUAGACUGCCAUUUUUUUCGUAAAAACUACACUUCCCGGUAAUUCAUAAAAAAAAAAAAAAAAAAAAAAAAUUCAUUCUCAUGACUAAUCAUAGCUAAUCUUCAAUACCCUGCUGAAUAAAAUAAUGAAGCGUUCAGAAUCUCAUUUAUUCGCGAAUUUCCGGAGUGAAAGUGUUACGGUAAAUAUUGAAUAACAUUAAGUUUUUUUUCUGUAAUGAACAUGAUUCAAAAUAGUGAUGAAAACUGUCAGGCUUAAGCGUCGAAGAAAUAGGCGAUACAAGUCACAUUGCUUUCACGAACCCGAAUUCUUUACAAAAAAUUGAUUUUAAUUUACAGUAAAGUAACAAGUGCGUGCGAAUAGAUUGAUGAAAUUUCAGGUCAGGUUAUCGAACACUUAACGAAAAAUUAAAAUGUCAAAAAUCAUAAUAAAAUUUAUACGGGAGCUUAUGGAGAUUCCAUCACCGGCACAUUUCUAUUUAAUAAUUCAUACACUGAAUAUCUCUAAAUUCCUGAUACAAACUGUCUCACGGAUAGAAAAAAAUGUAAGGAAUCCAUAGCGAUGAUAAGAAUAAAGGGUUAUCGAAUGUUGAAAAGAGAUAUUAACGAUAGAAGUUGGAAAAAUGGCAGAAGCAGAAACUUUUCUCAUAUAACGGAGACUUCUCAGAGGUUAGGAAUCAGUCCAAAUUUCGAGUGCCCUAGUUUGCGUCACCAAAAAAUACGGUCCUGCGAAAGGAAUACCUUAAGGUGGCCUGCAAUGUCGCGUUGCAAUGAAGAAACAAAAAUGCACUUGGACCCUACACUUCCUCUGUUAAAUUGGUAGUUAAACAUUCAGUUUUGAUAAAAUUUUUACGUUUUGUUUAAAUAAUCUUUAGACAUUCUUCCCAAAUCUCAUGAAACCACUUAAAACUUGAAUCCUUUUCAUGGCAAUCUGCUACACUACAUAAAAAAAAAUGAUGCGUCAUCCAUAGUUUUGUGGAUUGUUUUAAAUUCAUUGAAAUCUGUGUGUGAUUGUUGAAAACGAGCUUAAUUCAAGCAGAUUGAAAAUCUUUUUUUGGCAAAGUUUCGUUGCUUUGAUUUCAAGCUUAAAUGUCAUUUUGAUUGAUGAAAAGUUCAUAACAGUGUUGAUACCACACAACAUUUCAAGUGUUACAAAUGAAUCGAAUGAAUUGGUUUACAGUCGCAAGGGUUUUAUGUAUUGUUCGUCGAGUGUAUGAUGAACGAAAAUAAAAGUGGGAGUGAAUGAGAAUAUGAAGAAAAAGAAAAAAAAUAAGGGUGCAAGGGGCCAAUUAUAUAUGAAUUGAGUGUUGAUUAUAGAUUAAAAAGAGUAACUAUAAUACAUAAAUAAUAAUCGAAUCUGUCGCAUGGCUAUAUGAUCAAUUGCAAGUGCAUUGAGAACGAUAAAUAUUGUGGCUCGCUGACGUUUUUCACAGCGCGUGUAUAAAUAAAUCAAGGUAAACCUAAGCGAGUGGUAUUUAUCACUUAAAAAAUACAACAUAUUGCUGCUACUGUUCCUCAAUUCAAUUUUCUAAAAGUGGUUAAAUGAAAAAAAAAAAAAAUAUAUAUUAUAAUAUGGUAUCGCAAGACGAGUGAACAGACGAAACUAUCAUUGUAGAUUAUUUUAUGAGGUGUAGCAAACUCUCGGAUAGCUUUACGAAAAGUCGAUAAAAGUUAUUCAUAUGUAAAAAUUACGCAGAAUCCUUGAGACUGGAAGAGAAAAUUUUCAUUUAGCAACGAAAGAUUGUGAUAAAAGUUGAUCGUGACCGCAUAUGUACUUAUGUAAAAAAUAAUAAUAAUAAUAAUAAUAAUAAUAACGACACGCAGUAAAAAUUAUCUACGAAAUGUUGAUGUCCACAAAUUAUAGUAUAUUGUGUGCUUGAAACUUCAGACAUCAGUGUCUUUUGAAAGCUCAACAACAAAAAAAGUUGUUCGUUAUUCUUAUCAUUUGAAUAAUUAUUAAUCAAUGAAAAUUUGAUUAUGGAAUGGAUGACGAAAUGUUCUCAGCACCGAAGUAUUAUUACUUCUAUCAUAAUCUUUUAAACGGUAUGAAAUUAUUCAUCAUUCAAUGCGACACUUGUAUAUAACCCUGCAAUCACGAUCGUUACGAUACAUAAAAAGGGUCGUAAAAUUUCGACAUAAUAAUUUGAUUCUGUAUAAAACGACAUAUCGAUAUGAACUAAUUUUAGAUCCUCUCGCGGAGUGCGUGGUCGAUUUUUUCAGCCUCGAUUACGUGAGAAAAAUCACGUUCGAAGUACUUGACGCACAAGGAUAAUUAUCGACAGUUUAAUAGCUGAGAUACGUUGGGGAGGAUAAUGAAGAAACGAAUAAUAAAUCACAUAAAUGAAAAAUAAAGGACCUCUGAAAAUCUAGGUCCAUCCCGAUUUAACAAAUCCCCAUAUUACCCGACAAAGUAUACAUAUUUUUGACUCGAACUAUUUUACUUAAAAGCUGAUAAUCCUUGACGAGAUUUUUUGAAAAGACAGACUAAUGGUGGUGAGUUGUACGAUAGCGGAUUCUUCAUAAAUUAAAAAGAAAAAUGUCACAUAAAGACAAAUAUAUAUGUAUACACAUCUAAAGUAUUCGGUGUUGGCUAUAAAUUGUACACUAUUAGAUAAAAUAAUUCACCUUGAGAGCUGUCGUAUAAGAUUUUUGGAUUUUUCGUCAGGAUUUAAAAAACGAGUCCAAAGACUCGUUGCGCUGUAAUCGAAUUUCGUCAUUACGAUACUCGUCACUAACGAUCUAUGAUUCAGGAACCGAAAAUCACACAAAUUCUUCGAAAAUGAAUCGACGCAGCUCACUAAACUAUUGUAAAUAUUAGCUAUUUAGAUUGAAAUCAAUUAUUGAAUGAGAAUCAUGUGAAUUGUUUCCAUGUUGAGUAUAUAUUUUUAUCGUGGCACAUCAAAUUGUUUGGCUCUACUGUGUAAGAACCUUGUUUCUUUUUUUCAAAAUAUUAUUCUUUUACUAGGACAAACUAGUGGAAGUGUAUUUCAGGGUACUCAUAUACAGAUGGUUAAGUAGUUGUACGUGGAAAAAAAACGAAAGAAUUUAUCAAUGAUUUUGGAUUGUUGAACUAAUUAAACCGAUAUCGAAGCGACGAGUGAAGAAUUUUGUAUCUAUUACGCUGCAUUAAUUGCGAAUAUCAUUAUUCAAUUGAUGUGUGCUUGAAGCAUCAAUUUUAAGUUUUUCUUGUGACAUGAUGUGCCAUCCUCGUGACACCACCGCUUAGUAUCGCGAGCACGUUCUCCACAUUAAAGUUAAAAUUCAUCGAAACUAUUCGUACUAUCAAUAUAAUGGAAUAAAAAAAUAAAUAAAUAAAUCACAAACACAAAAACAAUCCUCCAAACUUACGUCGUUGAAUAAGAAAAUAAUAAGAAAAUGAAAACAAUGAAGCUGAUCCAUGGUGCGCUGUACAGAUUAUUAUGAUAAUUCUAUAUACACACAUUACAUAUAUAAAUAUAUAUGUAUCUAUAAAAAUAAAGAAUUACAAGGAGUGACUGGAAAUUUGACUCUCUUGGUGCGGGAAAUGAGCGUUACUUCAAUAAAAUGAUUCCUCGAGCAAAAAGAAAAAUGAAUUUUCGUUUAACCAAAUACAAAAAUAGGAGAUGAAAGAUUUUAUCUUGAACCUUGAGUGUGAAUAAAUGAAUGUAUGAUUGAAGCCGACGAACGAGGGGAAAGAAUGGAUAAAGUUCGUUAUACACAGUCAGUGAAACGCUAAUUUUCCAAAUGUACCCGAAAUUCGUUGAAAUAAAUAUAGUUAUAGUAAUAAUGACGUCCAAUUGCGAGUUGAUGAUGCAUAAAGUCGGCUAUACCUCUCCCGCUCUCGACGCCUCUUCGCCGAUUAUUCACCUGAAAAUGGAAAAAACAACGACUCUUUACCGUCUCUUGUAUUUAUAACAUAAUUUUUGCGCAAAUGAAUAAACUAUGAAAAAUAAUAAAAAAAAGUAUUACGAACGAAAAGUGAAGUAUCGACGGGGAGUCGUUUUCCAGACUCGGUGAGCCACAAAACUGUCGAUAUAGCCCCAAUUAACUUAACGAAUAAUGUUUAACUUUAAGGAUAGAAUGGUUUUUAUACCAAAUGCAAACAAGAAAGAGAGAGAGAGAGAGAGAGAGAGAGAGAGAGAGAGAGAGAGAGAGCAAGAGAACGCGCGGCUUUGUGACGAGUUUAUCGCUUCUCAAAGCUACAGAGGAUAUUAUAUAUUACGCGUGCACUAAAUAAUAAAUAAGAUCAGUAGAGAACAAAGCCGCGAUUCAUCUGAACAGGAGCAGGACAACGGAGUUAAACAUUCGAAAAUGCAAAAGAACAAAUAAAUAUUGAUCGAGAAUGAUUAUAAUAUAUAUUGGAAAAUAUUGAAGAGUGAGUUGUAUAGAGGCCGUGCUUGAAUAAUCAUCGAAAAUUGACACUGCAAAGAAAACGAUGAAAAAUUGAAGAAAAUAAAACACACCAACAACAAUAAAAUCUACAAAAGCUGAGUGUUUAAGAUUGAAUUAGAACAUUACAAUGACAUACUUAUUAUACUAUAAAUGGUUUUUCAUUAUUAUAUUAUAGAUGUUACUCAAUAAUAUAUUUACAAUUAACUUAA